AGUAUCGAGACGAGGCGAACUCGCCCACCCACUUCUCGAUCGCCCAUGGCCGACUCUGCCGAGACCGCUGUCGCUGCCUCCGUCGCCGACGCGGUGGAUUUGGACCCCAAAGAAGACGACGAGCACGGCAACAAAGAGGCGGUCCUCCUCCGUUACUUCCUCCUGGAAUGGGAGCUCGUCAAGUCCCUUCUCGACCGCAUCGUCGCCGGUGGCGGCGUCUCCUCGCCCACCGAUGUCCACAAGAUCCGGUCCAUUAUGGACAAGUAUCAAGAACAGGGUCAAUUGCUAGAACCCUACCUGGAAAGUAUAAUUACGCCUCUAAUGUCGAUUGUUCGCUGCAAAGCCAUGCAGCUCAGGGAUUCCUCGGAUGAAGCCCUCGAAAUCAUCAAGCCCUUGUGUAUAAUUAUAUACUCGCUCGUUACUGUAUGCGGUUACAAGAGUGUCGUUAAGUUCUUCCCGCACCAGGUUUCGGAUCUUGAACUGGCGGUCGAUCUUCUUGUAAUGUGUCACCAAACUACGUCAGCGACAUCACUGCGGCAGGAAAGCACUGGCGAGAUGGAGACCAAGUGCGUUGUUCUCAUCUGGCUAUAUAUACUUGUUUUAAUCCCUUUUGAUAUCUUGUCGGUGGACACAAGCGCCGUGAAUAUAGAUAAUAUGUGUGGAUCCGAGCCGUCACCGUUGGUCAUGAGAAUAUUGGAGAUUUCCAAGGAUUACCUUUCGAGUGCUGGUCCUAUGCGUAGGAUGGCUGGACUGUUGCUUGCGAGGCUUUUAACUCGUCCAGACAUGACAAUUGCGUUUAGCAGAUUCACUGAGUGGGCUCAUGAAGUCCUGUUAUCUGUGACAGAAGAUGUUGUGGACCACUUCAAGCUACUUGGUUUUGUUGAAGCCCUUUCCUCUAUAUUCAAGGUCGGCAGUAAAAAGGUUUUGCUUAGUGUGAUUUCUACCACUUGGAUGGAUUGUUCCCUCCUGAUGAGGUCUACUACUUCAUCUCGCAGUCCUUUGCUUCGGAAGUUAUUGGUCAAAUUAUCACAGCGCAUUGGGCUUACUUGUUUGCCUCAUCGUUCACAAUCAUGGCGCUAUCUGGGAAAAAGCAGCUCAUUAGGAGAAAACCUUUUAGUGAAAAAUUCUGGGGAAGCUUAUGGCAAUAACUUUGGUCAACAUGCUAAUUGUUCCAAUGAUACAGAUUAUUCAGAUUUAGUAGAAGACGAGGAAAUGGAUGUUCCAGAAACUGUAGAAGAGAUACUUGAGUUGUUAUUGUCUAGCCUGCGAGACUCGGAUACAGUUGUGCGGUGGUCAGCUGCAAAAGGUGUUGGUCGCAUAACUGCACGUUUGACAUCUGCCUUUGCUGAAGAUGUAUUGUCUUCAGUGUUGGAGUUAUUUUCACCUGGCGAGGGAGAUGGUUCAUGGCAUGGAGGCUGCUUAGCUUUGGCAGAGCUGGCACGUAGAGGGUUGCUACUGCCUGUUAGCCUUCCGAAAGUAGUUCCUGUAAUUGUGAAGGCUUUGCAUUAUGAUGUAAGGAGAGGUCCUCAUAGUAUUGGGUCUCAUGUCCGCGAUGCUGCUGCAUAUGUAUGUUGGGCUUUUGGCAGAGCUUACUCCGACAGAGAUAUGAAAGAUACUCUGGAGCAACUUGCUCCACAUCUUCUAACGGUUGCUUGUUAUGACCGAGAGGUCAACUGUAGAAGAGCAGCUUCGGCUGCCUUUCAGGAGAAUGUAGGAAGACAGGGAAAUUUUCCACAUGGCAUUGACAUCGUCAAUAAAGCAGAUUAUUUCUCUCUUGCCUCACGAGCAAAUUCUUAUCUUCAUGUUGCUACCUCAAUAGCUCAAAAUAGAGACUAUCUCUAUUCUUUUGUGGAGGAGUUACUUUGUGGCAAAAUAAAUCACUGGGACAAGAGCCUGAGAGAACUGACCGCAGAGGCAUUUUCGGCCCUUGCAAAAUAUGAUCCCAAUUAUUUUGCAGAUUAUGUUCUAGGAAAAUUAAUUCCAAGCACAUUAUCAUCCGACUUGUGCACACGUCAUGGUGCUACAUUGGCUGCUGGGGAGCUUCUUUUAACUUUGCAUCAGAAUGGCUUUGUUUUUCCUGCUGAAAAGCAAAAAUCUUUAUCUGGUGUUGUCCCUGCAAUUGAGAAGGCACGCCUUUAUCGGGGAAAGGGAGGAGAGAUCAUGCGUUCUGCAGUUUCAAGAUUCAUCCAGUGUCUUUCUCUCUCUGAAAUGCCCUUAAAUGAGAAGACAAAAAGGACUUUACUUGAUACUCUAAAUGAGAAUUUAAAGCACCCCAAUGCUCAGAUACAGAAUUCUGCUGUUGAUGCAUUAAAGAACUUUGUUCCUGCUUAUCUUGUUACAUUGGGAGAUAAAGUUGCCAAUGAGAUUACCGUAAAGUACCUUGAACUCCUAGAUGAUCCUAAUGUAGCUGCAAGAAGAGGUGCAGCAUUGGCUAUUGGGAUCUUACCUUACGAAUUCUUGGUGCGAAAAUGGAGAAGUAUCAUAACAAAGCUUUGUAGCUCUUGUUCAAUUAAGCAUAAACCUGAUGAUCCAGAUGCUGAAGCACGUGUAAAUGCUGUCCGUGGGUUAAUUGCAGUCUGUGAAACGCUAACUAGUUCUUCCUUUGAUGAUAACUUCAAUGAAGAAUUGUCAUCCUUAUAUUUAUUUAUCAAGAACGAAGUGAUGCAAACAGUAUUUGAAGCUCUCAAUGACUAUGCUGUUGAUAACAGAGGUGAUGUUGGUUCUUGGGUGCGUGAAGCUGCUAUGGAUGCUCUUGAGAGGUGCAUGUACAUCAUUUGCAAGAAAGACAGUAUUGGGUCUAACAGAUCACUUGUCACUGAGCACCAGUUUGAGCCAUGUGAUUCUGAUUUUCUAGCAGCUGACUUUAGCUUCCGGCUUAUUGAUGCAAAAAUUGUCACUGACUUAGUAGGUGGCAUUGCAAAACAAGCUGUCGAAAAAAUAGAUAAAAUAAGAGAUAUUGCUGCCAAGACUUUGCAGAGGAUUUUAUACAACCAAGAGUACUUUAUUCCAUUUAUAUCACAUAGGAAAAUACUAGAACAUAUUAUUCCAAAUGAUCCAGAUCUAAAGUGGACUGUCCCUCCUGUAUCUUAUCCACGGUUGGUGCAGCUUCUUCGGAUAAGCAGCUAUAGCAGAUAUGUGCUUUCCGGGCUGGUAAUCUCUACUGGUGGGUUGCAGGAGUCCCUGAGCAAAGCCUCAGUAACAGCUUUGCUCGAGUAUCUUCAAGUUUCAGAAGGUGAUAUAAAUGAAAAGAGGAAUGUCAGAGAAUGUAUGUUGAGUACUGAUUUUCUUUGGAUUCUCCAACAGUAUCAGAAAUGUGACAGGGUUGUUACACCAGCAUUCAAGACAAUUGAGAUUCUUUUUAGCAAAAAGGUAUUCUUGAAUAUGGAGGAUCAUACUCUGGAGUUCUACAGUGGUCUCCUGCAGUCUCUCUCAGUUGAGCUGAAGGCAUCAAAGGAUUUCGCUAAGUUAUUUGCAGGCCUUUCAAUACUUGGAUAUGUCGCUUCAGUUUCAGAACCAAUCAAUUCCAAAGCACUGUCUCAGCUUCUAUUUUUCCUUGGCCAUAGGUACCCAAAGAUACGCAAGGCUGCAGCUGAUCAGGUGUAUCUUGUUCUGCUGCAGAAUGAAAAUCACGUACCAGAGGACAAGAUAGAAAGAGCACUGGAAGUUCUUACUGAAAUCUGUUGGGAAGGUGCUCUUGAUGAGGCAAAAACUGGAAGAUCUAAAUUAUAUGAAAUGACUGGUCUAGAUUCUGGUCCCUCUCAAGAAGUUAGGAAUAGGGUACCAAGAAAGGGAGAUGAAAGGAAGAUGAAAGUAAGUGAUGAGAAUGAGUCAUAUUCCUCAUUAGUUGGUUUCAGUGGUUUCUAGCUAAAUUUGCUUUAUCUCGAGGAUAUUAAGAACCAGUUUGGAGAUUCUUCAUGUCUGCGGUCUUGAGCUUGCAUAAGCCUGGCGGAUGACCAUGCAGUUUUGUUGGUUCUUUGCUUCGGCACAAGUGUUGAAACAUUAUGACGUUCAUUCCAUCCUGUGUUGGACUGUUGAUUCAGUUAAAUUUCAGACUCCUUGU